AUGGCAGGAGUGCUGCAGCACGCAGCGCGCUUGCAGAGUGCUGCAAACUGGACCUGCUGGAGCAAUGGGUUGCCUGUUGUUGCAAAGUGGGAAGGUGCAUCGUGCGGCUUUGCUUCCACAGCAAGCGGCAGUGCGUCCAGUAGUAGCAGCGAACGGCCUGCUGAGGGCGGCAGCAGCGGCAUCGAUGGCAGCGCCACCCGCAGCGGCUCCCCCGUGGCCGGCAGCAGCACUGCGAGCAGCACACCCCGUGUCACCCAUGAAGGCGCCAACACCAGCAGCAAUAUUGAUGCCAGCGCCACCAGCACCAGCAGCUUCAACACUACAGGCUCUGGCGCCGCAGCUGCCACGUUUUCGGCUGCCUCCGUCAAGGAGGCACGCAUGGAGCGGCUGAUGCGCGUUUUGCUGCAGCCCGUGUCGCGCACGCGUGGCUGGACAGGGCAGCUCAGCCCUCAUCUGGUACAUGUGAACGGGCAGCUGUUUGUGGAGCCGCAGGCAGUGCUGACCAGUAUGCUGCGUGCGCUGCACGUGAUGCGCAGCGUACUGCAGGAGGACGGCCACGUCUACGUGGUGGAGACCAACCCGCUGCUGCGCCCCCUGCUGCGGGAGGCGGCGCGGUCCUGCAUCAACCCCAACAUGUGGUUCAUGGAGUCCUCGUGGGCGCGCGGCGCACUGACAAACGCCGCGUCACACCGCCGCCUCUUCCUGCCAGCGCACCAGCCCAACAGGAGGUUGUUCAUUGAAAAGGGUUUGCGCAUGGUCAACCCCCACUGCCCCUCGCCCGCGCGCCUGCCGCCCCGCCUUGAUUGGAGUGAUAAGUGGGCGCUGUUCACCCGGAGCAACCGGCCGGGAUACCGCGAGCUGCUGGAGACUCUGCUGGAUGCGGAGCAGCAGAUGCACAGCCUGAAGCCGCCGCGCACCCUGGCCGGCCGUGGCCGUGACCUGCGCCUGCUGGUGGUGCUGGACACAACGCGCAACGCCAUCGCACUGCAGGAGGCCGCGCAGCGCGGCGUGCCCACCGUGGCGCUGGCCAGCGGGCAGGCCGAUAUGUCUGCCAUCACCUACCCAGUGCUGGCGCGAGACUUCUCCCCAGAGUUUGCCCACUUCUUCCUGGACAUGAUCAUCAAGGUGGCAAACUAUGAGCCCCCGCACGAAGCGCAGCCCGACUCGCUCGCAGACGACGAGGCGGGCACUGCUGCGGAGCGUGCUGCUGCUGCUUGA